CGAAGCUUGACUUCUCUUUUUUUUUUGUCCCUUUCGUUCAGAGUUUCUCUCCAAGUCGAAUCGAGAAAAGGUGGAAACAUUAACAUCUCUUGUAAGAUGGGAGCUCAAGGGAAUGAGAAGCACCUCGAGGAGUGCACUGUCUCCAAUGCACUAGGGACGUGGGUGUUCUCAGUGCUCGGCGCAUUGGUUGCUAUUCCGGUGGGAAUAAAACGCAAGUCUCUAGGUCCACUCGUGUUCUUCGGCACAACCGGAACCAUGCUCGACAUCAUCAUCGGGGUGACUCAGUGCGAGAGAGAACACGCUGAACACCAAAAGAAGUUGCUCCAAGACUCUCAAAAUGCCGAAAUAAACAACAACAACAACGCAGACACCGAUUCCAUUUCCUAAAAAUCUUCUCUCCAGUUUAUUUUCCAGUAGAGACUUUAUUUUUUGUUAUAUCAAAACUUGUUUCAGAACGUGAUUACUCCAUGUGUGUGUUGAGAGAACAAAGAACAAAGCUUUUUUGAUGAUUGCUUAAAAAAUAAAAAACGUUGUUUUUAA